GCAAUUUGUCUGGUCUUCGGCUCUUCUUCUCCCUCUCUUCCAUUUCUGCGAACCAUUAUAAAUACUACUGGUUGUACCGCAUUGAAAGUGUGCAAGAUACAAACUUCCACUUUCUACAAUAGAUCAGAUUACUUUUUUUUGAUUUGAAACUUCCAUCCUCUCGAAUUUCUAUAUCUAAUUAACUAAGUAACCGACCAUGUCCUUCCUCGCCUCCACCAUCCGUUCAACAAUUGCCCCCCGUGUGGCCCUUCGACCAUCUUAUACCGUCACCUCCGCCUUCCACACCUCUCCUCUCCGUUCAGGUCUCAAGGAAUCUGAUCACAACCGAGAGGACCUACACAUCACCUACGAGGAGCACAAGCAGGACCAAUUGAGAAGCACCAAGGAAGGAAAGGCGAAGUGGAAGCAGGAACUUGCUAGUAACAGUGAAGCUUCGGUCAAAGCAGAUCGGGGUGAGGUUGAUAGUGACGGUCAUGAUAUAAAAGACUUACAGGAGAAGACGAAGCAUCUGCCUAACCGGGAUGGACCGGUGAACAAGACUCAAUAAAGGAAUGGGUUUUAGCUUCCUUUUCUCUUUUUUUUGUACUAUCGUCUUUUUCGUAAUUGGGGUACUAAGGUGCAAUCUGAGUUCUAAGAGAUGUGCUUGUUUUCAUUAACCUAGGCUGGGAUUCUUCUUGAUGUCAUGUAUAACUAUUCCUGAGGAAUAAGAUUUGGUGUAUGAUAUUGA